UUAAAAAUUUAUGCUAAAAAGCACAUAACAUUUAUUUAUCAUGCCUCUGUCAGUUGAAGAAUGUGCUAGGAUCAUGGCUUUUCUGGAACUAGGCAUCAGUAUGUGUCGCACUGCAAGAAUGGUGGGUGUGACGGUACGAACGGUCCAGAAGGUAAAGCGAAGGUACGAAGAGACUGGACACCAUCUGAGGAGACCUUGUAAUGGCAGACCCAGGUGUACCAGUGCCCGAGAAGAUCGUUAUAUUAUUUCCACUGUGUUAAGAAAUCGCCACCAAAAUGCAGUUGAAGUCCAGCAACAGCUACUUCAAACCCGGAGGGACUACAUUAGUGACAGUACAGUGAGAAGAAGACUUGCUGAAGCAAAUUUGAAACCCCGAAGACCAGCGAGUGGCCCAAAACUCGAGAGACAGCAUCGAGUAGCGAGACUGCGAUACGCCCGUGAACACAUGCAGUGGGAUGAAGAAGAAUGGUCAAGAAUUUUGUUUGCAGAUUAGUCUCGAUUCUCCCUUUACACUUCUGAUGGAAGGCGAAGUGUUUACAGGCGACCUGGUGAGCGAUACUUUCAAGCCUGCAUCUCAGAAAGAGUCCAAUACGGUGGAGGCAGUGUACAUGUAUGGGCUGGCAUCUUCAGAAGUUCGCACAGAGCUAGUAGCCAUAGAAAAUGGCACCCUCACUGGGCAAAGAUAUGCUCAAGAGAUUUUCAAUGAGUAUGCAGGGCCGUAUUUAGCAAAUAUGGGUGAUGGAUCGAUGCUGAUGCAUGAUAAUGCCCGGCCAUACACGGCUCAUAUCGUACAAGAGUAUAUUCAGGAGGUCGGUAUCAGCGUGAUGGCUUGGCCAUCAAGAAGUCCUGAUCUCAACCCGAUUGAACACGCCUGGGAUGAGCUUGGGAGGCUAGUCAGAAAUCGCAGACCACCACCUAACUACCCUCAGGGUACUAAAGCAGGCCCUGGUAGAAGAAUGGGAGAAUAUUUCCCAACAUCGGCUCCGAAACCUAGUGUUCAGUAUGCCAAACCGGCUCGAGGCUGUAAUCAGAGCUCCAGGAGACAACACCAGUUAUUAAAAAUUAAAUAACAUGUAAUACAUUUUAGUUGAUUUUUUUUACACUAAACUAAAAAUGUCUAUUUUCAUUGUUUUAUCUUUUUUAAGUUAAAAAUGUUACUAAUGUAUAAUUUUAGUUUCUAAGA